AUGGGCACAAUCCUGCAGGAACGGGUGUCACAACAAUACCUUGAGAGGGUCUCCAUCAGGGAGAGGGAAUGGAGGAAGAAGGCGUCGUGGAGCAACAACAGGCCUAAUGUGGCCAGCAACAAAAUGGGUAGGAGGCAAUCUCAAAGGAAGUCACUGCAGCCUCAGAACACAUUUCCAGGUCAAGACAGUGUCCAUGCUACUGAGAAAAAGCUCCAGCAUAGAAGAAAGCACAAACCUAACACCCCCUCGACCAAAUGCAGCAUCUCUCAGCACAGUGCUCAGGAAAUGUCAGACUCACAGUCCAAGCCAGCAUCCCCUGCAGGGCGCCACAAGGAGUCAAAGGUUCAGCCGACUGCUCAUCACUGCCACCACAAGGAGCAGAAGCACGCAGGUUUCAGAGGGACGAGACAUUCCCCCGCCUUUCCCUGCUACAGUCGAUCAGAUUCACGUCCAGAUCUGCUCGAGGGCCAGACGCCAAACCCGGAGGCUGUAGGUCCGAGCGACUAUGGAGAAGGGGACAGUGACACUGAUUUGUCGGAUUCAGAGAGACUUCCUUCGCCACCUUCUGCCCGAGUUCCUCCACGGCUCGACCUGCAGCCAGAGGUCAUCGGCCAAGAGGACUUCCCUUCCUUUUGCCACAGACCCAGGGGGCAGAGCCACAGCACUUUUCAGUUCCCAGACUUCUUGCCUCCGCCGUUUAACUCCUGGAGUCUCAGUCAGCUGGCUGUCUUCUACAACGUGGAAGGCAGGGGCACCCCUCGGCCCAGGCCCGUGGGCCCUCUGGAAAGGUAUCUGGAGAGGCUGCUGCAGCUGGAGUGGCACCAGAUCCAGACCGUCCAGGAGGAAAGUGGGAAAUCCUCCGUGUCGGACGUGCUAGCCAGCUGCCACAGGUCUCCCGCCUCCACCUCGUCCCGUCUCAGCUCUCCUAAGAGCAUCCUCCAGUGUCAGCGUGCCUUCCCUCUCACAUUCCUCUCCUCCCUGGCCAGCCACUCUGCCCAGCUCUCCAGCUGCGCCUGCACACUCUGCCGUAUACGCUACUCCACCUGCAGCACAGCAUGCUGCCGCUCCAGCCACGGGCGGCAGUCGAGGCUGAGUCCCCUCCUGGAGCGUAGGGGUCCGAUGUCCCUCCCCAAGAGGAGCUACAGUGAGACUCGGGCGCACUCCUCGGACAAGAGCUUAGCAUCCCGGGCUCAGAGGUUCAGCAGCCCGGUGCGGGGGAACAGCCACCUGAGACGCAUGCAGGCUUCGGGGAAUAUUCGCAACCCUGGACAAGGUGCUACCACUAAACCUCAUUCCACUGCCAGGGACUCAGGGAUCGGGGCGCGAAGGGACUGUUUGGGAGCUGGGGACGUUUGGCCCGGGGACUCCAGAUCCACGGGUUUGAGGAAAAGAAGUGGCUCAGAGCAGAGAAGGGGCGGGAAAGAAAGACAGCGAGAUGGGUCGGAGAAAAGGAGCGGCUCUGAGUGUCGGAGAGGAGGAGCUGAGCGGAGGAGAGCGGCCGAGCUCAAGGAGCAGGAGAUAAAACCGGAUGCCGUCACUGCAAUAAUGGACAACUUACCUGCAUCCAAACACUCACCUGGAAACAGGCCCAACAGGUCAAAACAGGUGGAAUUUCAUUCGUAGCAGCAACUUGACCACUUUAAGUAUGAUAUGUAUGUUAUAGCCAUAGCCAUCAUAUUAAAUGCAUUUAAUUUUAGUGUCACUGAAAUAUGAGAAUGUAUAUUUUUAGUCGUUCUUAUUCAGACGGGUCAUUAACAAAAGGUUUGGAAAUGUAUGUAUUUUUCACAUGUGGUUUUAUUAUUUUUUUUGCCUGCUUUUUCUCCUUUUUCUGCUUUUUAAUAUCAGGAUUUUCUCGUGUUUAGACACAUCUGGGCUCAUGUCUGUUUAAUUCAAAGCUUUGAAUGAAGUAAACCAAUGUAUUUAUCAGACAUGCUGUUUC